GCUGCAGUCUUUCAGUACCAGCUCACGGAGGAAAAAAGAUGCACUGAAUAAAUGAUUGAUGGCCUCGAAUCCUAUAGGGGACUCCAAACUAAUCGAUGACCCAGAAUUCUAUAUUUUUCCUCAUCUGGUGACGUAGCAUCUGCUGUCUUUCUUUAUUUUGCUUUAUUUCUGUGUACGUCACUGCUGUACCAGAAAUCCAGCCUCACUCAUGGUUGCAGGCUCUGUGGCAAUGGCAUGGAUACUGUGACUUCCCUCCCUGCCUCUCCCAGCUCUGUGUCUGAAAAUCUCUUGUAGCAACAACAGUUAUGCUUGAUCCUCUGGGAUUUUUCAUGCCUCGCACCUACAACAGGAUUCCUGCUCUGGCUGAUUGCGGACUCUAGUAUUUGUCUACGACGAUGGUGUGCAAGGUGGAAGGGAACCUAACCCACAUGUCAGUGGUCUAGGAUGGCCAGUGAAGGCUCCAGUAUCCCUAGCCCUGUGGUGCGUCAGAUUGACAAGCAGUUUCUGAUCUGCAGCAUAUGCCUUGAUCGAUACAAAAAUCCCAAAGUACUUCCCUGCCUGCACACAUUCUGUGAGAGGUGUUUGCAGAACUACAUACCGGCUCACAGCCUGACACUCUCUUGUCCAGUCUGCCGUCAGACCUCUAUUCUCCCCGAGAAAGGGGUGUCUGCGCUACAGAACAACUUCUUCAUCACUAACCUGAUGGACGUGCUGCAGAGGAGCCCAGAUAAUGGCAUUGAGGAGUCAUCCAUCCUGGAGACUGUGAAUGCUGUCGCUGCUGGAAAACCUUUGUCAUGUCCUAAUCAUGAUGGAAAUGUGAUGGAAUUUUACUGCCAGUCAUGUGAGACUGCAAUGUGCCAAGACUGUACAGGCGGGGAGCAUGCCGAGCACCCCACUGUGCCACUGAAAGAUGUGGUGGAGCAACAUAAGGCAGCCCUGCAGGUUCAGCUGGAUGCUGUCAAGAAGAGGUUACCAGAAAUAGACUCUGCACUUCAGGUUGUGUCUGAGAUCAUCAAUCAGCUGGCUACACAGAAGUCCUGCAUUGUGGAUGAAAUUCAUUCCACCUUUGAGGACUUACAGAAAACACUAAAUGUGCGCAAAAGUGUUUUACUAAUGGAACUGGAAGUGAACUAUGGCCUGAAACAUAAGGUUCUUCAGACCCAGCUGGACACAUUACUUGAAGGGCAAGACAGUAUUAAAAGCUGUAGCACGUUUACGGCACAAGCACUUAACCAUGGGACAGAAACAGAAGUCCUGCUAGUAAAGAAACAGAUGAGCGAUAAGCUCAGUGAGCUGGCAGAGCAGGAUUUCCCAUUACAUCCCCAUGAAAAUGACCAGUUGGACUUUAUUGUGGAAACUGAAGGACUGAAAAAAUCUAUUCACAAUCUGGGAACAAUAUUAACCACAAAUGCUGUGGCUUCUGAGACUGUGGCCACGGGUGAAGGGUUAAGACAGAGUGUGGUUGGCCAGCCAAUGUCUGUUACAAUUACCACAAAGGAUAAAGACGGAGAACUUUGCAAAUCUGGGAGUGCCUGUAUUUCUGCUGAGUUGUUUACACCCGAUGGUAGUGUCACAGAUGGAGAAAUACUAGACAAUAAAAACGGCACCUAUGAGUAUUUAUACACAAUCCCAAAGGAGGGUGACUUCACUCUUUCUCUGAGACUAUACGAUCAACAUAUUAAAGGAAGCCCAUUUAAACUGAAGGUAGUGAAGUCUGCAGAUGUGUCACCCACCACAGAAGGAGUAAAGAGGAGAGUGAAAUCUCCUGGCAGCGGACACGUCAAACAGAAGGCAGUGAAGAGGCCAGCAAGUAUGUACAGCACGGGGAAAAGGAAAGAAAACCCUAUAGAGGAUGAUCUGAUAUUCAGAGUUGGUACAAAGGGAAGAAAUAAGGGUGAAUUUACUAAUCUCCAAGGAGUAGCUGCUUCAACCAAUGGAAAAAUAUUGAUUGCCGACAGCAAUAACCAAUGUGUGCAGAUCUUCUCAAAUGACGGACAGUUUAAAAGCCGCUUUGGUAUUAGAGGAAGGUCACCAGGUCAGCUACAAAGACCAACCGGGGUGGCAGUGCACCCAAGUGGUGACAUCAUCAUUGCAGACUAUGACAACAAGUGGGUCAGCAUAUUCUCCUCUGAUGGCAAAUUUAAGACAAAAAUUGGAUCUGGGAAAUUGAUGGGCCCUAAGGGUGUUUCAGUUGAUCGCAAUGGGCACAUCAUUGUGGUAGACAACAAAGCAUGCUGUGUGUUCAUCUUCCAGCCCAAUGGGAAAAUAGUAACCAGGUUUGGUAGCCGAGGAAAUGGGGACAAGCAGUUUGCAGGUACACUUGAUGGACCUCACUUUGCAGCUGUAAACAGCAAUAAUGAAAUAAUUGUGACAGACUUCCAUAACCAUUCAGUUAAGGUAUUUAACCAAGAUGGUGAGUUUAUUUUGAAGUUUGGUUCAAAUGGAGAAGGCAACGGACAGUUUAAUGCUCCAACUGGAGUGGCUGUGGAUUCCAAUGGAAACAUUAUUGUAGCUGACUGGGGCAACAGCAGGAUACAAGUAUUUGAUGGGAGUGGAUCAUUUUUGUCCUACAUCAAUACCUCUGCUGACCCACUCUAUGGUCCACAGGGGCUUGCCCUGACAUCAGAUGGUCACGUUGUUGUAGCAGACUCUGGGAACCAUUGUUUUAAAGUUUACCGGUAUUUACAGUAAAGUGGAUGGCCACCGUUUUGUGGAUUUACUGCACUGGAUAUGAACCAACUAUGCUUCAUGCAAGAUGGAUGGAAAUAUCCCAACCUUUGUCAGAAUGACUAUCCCUUAUUUAAACCCCAUACAUUCAUGUUUACGUUUCAUCAAUGACUCGUGUCUGUGACAGAAGUUUCAUCGCUACACAGCGGAAAAGGAAUUUCCAGUGUAAUAUAGGACACUCUUAAUGUGUUGCAGGAAAUCUUCAAACACAGAUGUAAAAAAACACUACUCUUGUGCACUUAGGUAUUAGAACUCUUAGAGUACUAACUCACGGACAGGAUGCUUUGAGCUUCCACAUUCUAUAAUCAAUUGUUGUCAUACAUUAUUUGCCCAGCACUCAAUCUGGAAGUCUUCUAGACCCGUGUAUUCUGGUAGGUAUUGUAUUUAAAUAUAGGAAUAACAUUAAUGUAAAAUAGUAAAACAUUCACGUGUCUGCAAAGUAAACUUUCCAAACAGUUGUCACAUUUGUAAUAAUGGCUGAACUUUUCUGUACACAUUCCUUUCUCGUCUAUGUGCACUUCUAUUUAUCAUGUGGUAUAUUGAUAAAGCAUCACAAAUUAUAUGUUUCAUUUCAUGCAUUUUUCCACCUUUUUUUUUUUUUUUUGUUUUACAAAAAAAAAAUCUAAAAUAGAAGAAAAAAAUAAAUAAAAUUUGUAACAAGUGUUGAUUAUGGUUCACAGGCAUUUUCCAAGGCAUUUGUGCUUUAUUAACGGACUGUAACCCUAUAGUAAGGUUGCAUGUUUAUUUCCUACUGAGACUUCCCCCACAUACAAACAUUUGUGGUCUAUUAUUCCCAGUAAUGGACAGCAGGAUGGCAGUGUGAGGCCUUGUAUGGGAUUAAUAGCCAUAAGGAUUUUGCUCUGAGGUAAUGUUACAACUGUUGUAACAACAUGUGGGGUAAUGAUUGUAUUUGUAUAUAAAGGGUUUUUUAUUUUUCAAACCUCCUAUUUAAUAUAAUUGGUAGCAAAAAUGAUUUGAUAUGGUUAUGUUGCGGUAAUUGAAGUGCUUUAAAUAACUGGCCAAAUUUUGUGAAUCUGUUCCUCUGGACUAAAGAGCUAGUGGUAUUCAAUGAUUUUAUUUAUAUAAAAAAUAUUACCCAUGAAUACUGCCAUGGAUGUAAUGGCCCCCACUCUGUACUCUUUUUCCAUUGUAAAUCUCAGCCACUAUUAAUGCAGCAUUAGCAGCUGACUAUAUCCAUAACUGUGUACCUUCCGGUUGCAGUCAUGGUAAAUUCACAUGGGGGGGGGGCAUAAACCCCACUUGGCAUAAUGAGAGAAGAAUAAGGCAUGGGACCAUUACAGCCAGCAGUGUUCUUGACGAAUCUGGCAAAUUACACUUCCAUUGUAAAUGCAAUAUUCUUUUCCUUAUUAUCACACUAAAGUCAACUCAAAAGUGCAACAUUGGACCUGGGUGCAUUAAUGCAACUAAGCAUUUGUUUAUAGCGUUGUCUUCCUUGAGCAAUACAAGAUGUAGUCCAGAUUAGUACAUUUAGCCCUAAUUGUUUUGUGCCUUUAUUGUGCAAAUUCCAAACAAAACACAUAAGGGUAAAUGUAAUAGCCUGCACAAUGCAAGCAUGGGUGAGUCUGCCUGAUAAUUUAAAGGGGCAAUUAUUUCAAAGGCAAAACCAACCUAGUUUUGUCUUUUAAAUGAUUGGCCCUUUAAAACAUCGGGCGUACACCUCGGGAACUCACUGAUGCCUGCAUUGCCACAUGCUAUUACAUUUACCCCUUACACUUACUGUACCUAUGUUAAUUGUGCCCAGUAAAGUUGGAAUAAAUUUGACAUUGAAAGGUAAACCGCCUAACAGCAUUUAUUUAUAAUAUUUUUCCAUUUCACAAGUAUCAUAGUUACAUUUACAAAAGAACAACCAAAUGUUAUCAACUCAUUACACUGUGUCCCAAUAGCUCUGUGCAUUUUACCCCCAUUAAUACUAUCCAAGCACCAGGGUGGGGAAGGUUCAUCCAUGAUCUGCUGGUCAAGUUGAUCACUUGGUGAGUUAUCCACGCCCAAACAAAAACUUGUGCACAGACCCUAUUCUAAAGGGCCCUACACACUGGCCGACCCGCCGCCGAGCUGCCCGACGGCGGAUACGGCCGACGAGCGACCCGGCGGCGGGGGGGGGGGCAGUGACGGGGGGAGUGAAGUUUCUUCACUCCCCCCGUCACCCGGCUGCAUUGAAGUGCAGGCAAAUAUGGACGAGAUCGUCCAUAUUGGCCUGCAUGUACAGCCGACGGAGGACCAGCGAUGAACGAGCGCGGGGACGCGCAUCGUUCAUCGCUGGAGCCUCCACACUGAAAGAUAUGGACGAGUUCUCGUUCAUUUAUGAACGAGAUCGUUCAUAUCUUUCAAAAAAAUCGGCCAGUGUGUAGGGCCUAUUAGUGUUUGGAUUUUUAACUUAAGAAUCCUUACUUACUAGCACUCUGGGUUUUCAAAUACUUUUAAAGGGAGCCUGCUAAAGAGCUAAACAAUUAGUAAAUGAAUGAACAAAUUAAUUAGACAUUUAGUAAGUGUUUACAAAAGCGGAAGUGUUGCUCAUAGCAAUCAAUCAAAUUCUAUCAUUUCAAAAUCUGAUUAGUUGCUAUGGGCAAUACCUCCACUUUAUUUUAAUAACUUUACCCCAAAGAGAACAACCUGCCACAUCAUAUAGAACACUGAAUACACAAGCUAUGUUGUUGUUUUUUAAGUGCAAUUUAUUUUUACCGUUUAAAAUAAGUUUCUUAUUUUCUCCAUCAGUUGUGUUAAAAUCUUAUAAUGGAUAUAUUUUUAAUUUGUUCACUUAUCUGCUUUUGAUUGUCCUUUUACAGUAUGUAUAUUUUGACAGUCUUUUAUCCAUCAGUGGAAUGUUCAAUAUAUAAAAUUCACUAGCCUGGAAUUUAAUUUCCCUUUUUUUUCCUGUUUACUUUAUUUAAACAGUAUUAAAUAAAAAAAUGAAUGGAAGUGGAUGAUUACUUAUUAAAUAAACAGGUGUAGGGAAAUAACCCAUUUCACAGUCUCUGCUCAGGUCCAAAGGCUGUUGCAAUUACUACAGGUUCUCAGUCACAAACUGCAAUUUAUCAUUCCCUUAGUUGUAGUCUGCUGCUGUUUUAAUUUCAAUCUUUGAAUUGACCCCAUAAUAAAUAUGACCCAUGCUACUACCUAGAGUAAGAUCAACCCUUCUUUCCCCAUUUUAUGCUCAUCCUCUGUACCUCUCAUCUACAGUACAUAUUGCAUAAACUAGAAAUCACUCCAGAGGACAGAUCAGUUUACAUGCAGCAUGUGUUCCAGUGUAACUUGAGCACUGACAACGUGACACGGUUAAAUCACAGUAACAGCGCUAGCUACAGAAAUAGCACUGACAAGAAACAAAUGCAAAACAUGACUUCAUGGGAUUUGUUGAUGUCCUAUUGUAGUAUCGGUAAAAGAAAACAACAUGGAAUAUGACAUACCAUGCAAGAAGCCUUCAUGUAUGUUCACAUUGUUCUGUUUACAUCAUUCCAUAUGUUUCUUCCUUCCGUAUGGUUUCAUGAGAGAGGCACUUUCAUUGAUCUUACAGUAGCAGCCAUUUUUGUUGAGGACAUCACAACCUUUUCCCAUCCUGCAUGAUACACAGCAUUAAAUACUAGUAAUGUGGAUUGACAGACAUUUGCUAAAAGGAUGGUCAUUUAAGUUAUUUGCUAAAUUAUAUCCGUAAAGACAAUGCAACCCAAAAGUUUUCAUUUUUAGGAAUGUAAAUUACAAGUUCAGAGAUCAGUAGUGAUUUUCUGCUGAAGCUUUGUUAAAAAGUCUAAUUGCAAUUCCAAAAUAUAAUUCAACGAUACAAAUGGCUACAAACGUCAAAAUAAGAUCUAUAGUAUCAGAGCGUACUGUAGCUUAAUGGUCUCUCAGGGCACAAUACAUAAAAUAUGAGGGGAAAAUGGGAGACCACUUCUGAGACCUUACAAAGCACACUGACCCUAAUAACAGAACAACGUCAGUCCAUCAUUGGCCCACAAUCCUCCCUUAUCCUUUAUAGGAUGGUGAAUGCUAUAAUGUUUUAUAUUCAUUUUUAUUGCUAGUGUAACCAGCAGCUAUUUAAGCUUCCAGACAGAUUCCUGCUGUGGGAGCCAGUUGUCAUUUCAGUUCUCUUGUUUCAUUUUACUGUUUCAAUAUAAUGCAGCUUCCUCUUACAUGAAUAGCAUUGACAUUGUACCGUAUGUCAAUACACCUACUGUAUCUGCUGUCUGUAUUUCUGUUACCUAAAAAACUGCAAGGCAAUGACUCUUCUAUUCCAGAUUGAAGCAAAAUAGAGAAACCACGUUCUCCUCAUGAGAUAUUUAAGUAUGCCCCAUUUCACUAAAGGUAUACACAGAUAUAACACUUCAAAUGUAAAUUACUGGUUAAUAAUAUAGUCAAAUAAACGGUGCAUACUGUUGUCUACAAUUUAGAAUAAAGCAAAUAAAAGGAUAGACAAUACUGUGCUUAUGUCAGCAGUCGCAUAUUGAGCUGAUGUCUGAGUACUGGCUGUACUGUGCUGUGUAUACGGUCACUUGUGCAGGGCAGUACUGCAGGUGUGAGGACAGGGACGAUGGCAGUCGGGGGAGUAAGGCAGGCCAGGGGACGCAAAAUAGAUGUCCGGCAGUUGACUUUAUGUGGUCUGUGUCUGAGAUAUGCACAAACUUCACUCCAUUUUGGUAGGAAGCCAAUCUAUUUGUGAACACUGAUAUAUUUUAUAUGCUAAAAGUUUUUAUGUUUGUAAGUGUAACAUUAAAGUGUAUUACAUCCUAGAAAAAAUAAAAAUUAAGUAAAAAAUAGGUAUCACACUAUAUGCCUUUCUAUAUUAUCCUGAGGAAUCCUAGAAACUACUGAAAUUCAGAUGGAGAUUUUAAAUGUGCAAAAAUACGAGGUUCUGUUCUGUAAGGACAAUAUACAUAGGACAUGCUAUACACUAUGGGGCUUAUGUAAUAGCCUGCUACUGUAGCUGCAUGCUCUGCAGGGAGGCUGUCCUUUUUUAAAGUGGCAAUCAUUGGGAAGGCAAAAUAAGGUUGGUAUUUGCGCAGAUCGUGCAGUUGGCAGACUAUUACAUAAGCCCUGUUUUUUAAAAGGUGCACAAUUUGUUUUAAUUACUAUGUGCUGCUUGCAAUCUACUUUUCGCGAGGUAGAGUUUUUUUAUUCUAUUUUAUAUGAGUGCUUACCACAACUAUAGGAGAUAUCAUAAGGGGUAAAUGUAGUAAGGUGGGAGGUUUUUUUUUUUUUUUUAGAACUGGUGAUGUUGCCCGUAGCAACCAAUCAUAUUCUACUUAUCAUUAAUCAAGCUGCUUCUAGAAGAUAAUAGAAUCUGAUUGGUUGCUAUGGGCAACAUCACCAGUUCUAAAACAAAACUCCUGCCUUAGUAAAUUUACCCCUAAGUCCCCAGAUGUUAUUAUCCUAUGAUUGUUCUUUUUAUGUGACCACGUUCGUUGGAGAAAAUGUAGAAAAUGUUGGCUCAUCCAUUUAUUUACCUUGCUACACAUUGUAGACAACAGUGUGCACUGUACUUUUGACUGUAUUACUAACUAGUCAUUUACAUUUCAUUCUGGUACAUUGGUAUAUACCAUCUAAUCAAUACUCACAGCCUGUUAUAGAUCGCCAGAGACAUUUAGCAUCAGUUAUAGCAUUUAGGGGUAUAUGCAAUUGCGGUCGAAUUCCGGCUGGAAUUCGACCGUUUUUGGAUUCAACACAAUUUGACAGGCGAAACCCUCCCACCGGGACCCGAAUUCGACAUAUUCAAUAAAUAACGGAUUCGACAGUCCCGCUGUCAAAAAACGGACCAAUUGAUGAAUAGUGGGCGGCCUGGAUUCGACUUCAUGGACGGCACAAAAGUGUUCAAAAAAUCCUGAAAAAAAAAAUGCGUGGGGUCCCCCCUCCUAAGCAUAACCAGCCUCGGGCUCUUUGAGCCGGUCCUGUUUGUAAAAAUACGGGGGGGAAAAUGACAGGGGUUCCCCUGUAUUUUAACAACCAGCACCAGGCUCUGCGCUCGGGUCCUGGUGCCAAAAAUACGGGGGACAAAAGACGUAGGGGUCCCCCGUAUUUUUAACACCAGCACCGGGCUCCACUAGCCAGAGAGAUAAUGCCACAGCCGGGGGACACUUUUAUAUUGGUCCCUGCAGCCGUGGCAUUAAAUCCCCAACUAGUCACCCCUGGCCGGGGUACCCUGGGGGAGUGGGGACCCCUUAAAUCAAGAGGCCCCCCCCCUCCAGCCACCCAAGGGCCAGGGGUGAAGCCCGAGGCUGUCCCCCCCCCCCCCCCCCCCCCAUCCAAGGGCGGCGGAUGGGGGGCUGAUAGCCUUUUGUGACAAAAAAAGAAUAUUUAUUGUAGCAGAACUACAAGUCCCAGCAAGCCUCCCCCGCAAGCUGGUACUUGGAGAACCACAAGUACCAGUAUGCGGGGGGGGGGGGGGCGCUGGUACCUGUAGUUCUACUACAAAAAAAUACCCAAAUAUAAACAAUACACACACACCGUGAUAGUACAACUUUAUUACAUACAUGCACACCAGCAUACACACAUACUUACCUAUGUUGACACGAAGAGUCGGUCCCCUUCUCCACGUAGAAUCCACGGGGUACCUGUAAAUAAAAUGAUACUCACAACAAUCCAGUGUAGAUCGGUCCUCUUCUUUGUUUGUAAUCCACGUACUUGGCAAAAUAAAAACAACAAAACACGAUCCACGCACUGAAAGGGGUCCCAUGUUUACAUGUCGAAUUGAAAAAAUUUCGAAAAUGAAACGGCAGGUUUCUUGUCAAAGUACUGUAUUGAAUUGUUGAAUCAAAAGUGUCGAAAAUGACCCAUUUUCGGCAAUUUGACCGCAAUUGCAUAUACCCCUUAGUUUCACUUUAUUUUGGGCUCAUGAGACAAAUGAAUCAGAGAUGCAAGUAGUAAACACUACACAAUGUGUGCAGCCCUGGUGGAUUUGUGUGUGUCUUGCUCUAAAUUGUGAAGGAUAUUGCAUAUAUUGUGGUGAGCAUAUAUGUAUGUGUUCCUGCAUUUCUUAUGAUCCCAUGAAAUGACACAAACCUGCAUAAAAACCAUGAUAAUAUUGUACCAUUCCAUAAAACAAGUGCUCCAUCAUUACUGGAAUCCCUGUAUGAAUUGAUCAUAACACAACAUGUCAAUAAAUAGCUGGAUUGUA